AUGUUCCGGAGACGCGCGCUCCGGCGGCGGCUGGCAGCGGCCGGCGCGCCCGCCUUGCCGGACGACCUGCUGCGGCGGCUGGCUCGCGCGCUGGACGCGGGCCCGGCCGGCCCGGCCUGCGUGCCCGGGCCGGCCGCGCUGCGCCCUCCCGUGCUCCGGGCCAUCCGCUUCCCCGACCUGCGGGAGCCAGCCGAGCUGCGCAGGAUGCCGCACUGCACCGACCAGCUCUGCUGCAAUCCCUACCACUUCAGCCGACUCUGCGAACCCGGUACGUGA